AUGGCAACAAGCGAAACAAACAAAAAAAGUUCAAGAAAAAGACAUAGAAUCUUUUUAAAAAAUGAUGAAGAAUUUAGUUCAGAAGUCAAAGAAACUCAAACAAUAGUAAUAGCUAUUAGUGAG